AUGUUUUAAGUUAGGCUGGAUUCACCCUGCUCCAUUAGCAAACUCCAUUUUCACAGGAAUCUUUUACAUGAACUCAGAAGCCGACUAUUGUGGAAGAGAUUCUUAUCUUUGGAUAGGAACUAGGGCCAGCCUGAACAAGACGACAAGAAACAUAAACCCCCUAGUUCAAAAUGAAACUAUAUUCAAUAGUGGGUUUAAAAAUUUGCUUUUUUUUUUUUUUUUUUUGACUUCAUUGAAACAAAAGGUUGACAAGAGUUCUUGGCUUCACAAUGGCACCCUCCUAGACCUCAACGACAGCUUUUGUAAUGUUCUAUGUAAGCAACUCCGCUUCCUAUGAUUCUUGUCCAGCAUUGUUGAUGUCCUACUUUGGUAUAUCACGUGCACGCACUUUGAACGUGUUUCAAGUCAAAAGCCACACUCCACUCUUAAUUUCUUUCUCAUCUAUCUUCUAUGGCUUGUGAUCCACAGACGCUCGAUGCUCGUGCUGAACACAAGCUAGAAGCAGAGGAUAAGAAGGAAGCAAGGCUGAAGAGAUUGCAAAGGGCUCAAUGGCUGAGAGCAGCCAUUUUAGGAGCAAAUGAUGGGUUGCUAUCCACCACAUCGCUUAUGCUUGGUGUAGGUGCGGCAAAAGAAGACCAACGCUCCAUGAUCCUUUCUGGACUCGCUGGAGCUGUGGCAGGCGCUUGUAGCAUGGCUGUCGGGGAAUUUGUUUCCGUGUCAACGCAAAGAGAUAUCGAGAAGGAAACAUUAUGCCACUCUUCAAAAACCGAACAGCAUGGAGAAGAAAAUGGCGGUGAGAUCAAGCUCCACAUCACCACCAGCCCCAAUGGGACCACCGUGAUUGACACUAAUCCCGGUAGGACUAGCACGUGCAAAAAGAUGGCGUGUGAUGUCGAGCAAUCAUUGGAGCAAUUAUCGCCCACAGUUUCACAAGCAAUGACACUGGGGCGAAAAUCGCCCAUCGUUGUUGCUUCUGCCAAGUCCCCAGUGCUCAAAGUGAUUGCACAGGAUGCAAAAGAGGAAUUGGAACAAGGCGAGGAGAGGGAUUACGACAAGAAAGCGUUGCCAAACCCGUACGGGGCUGCAGUUGCAUCGGCCUUGUCAUUUCUGAGUGGGUCAGUUGUGCCCUUAAUACCGGCUUUGCUUGUUGCUCAAAACAUAGCAAGGGUUGUGGCCAUUGUGGUGGUGACCUCAAUUGCACUGGCUGUUUUUGGGGGAGUUGGGGCUUGGCUUGGUGGCUCUUCAAUUAGAAAAUCUUCAGCUAGAGUUCUGUUUGGAGGGUUGGUUACAAUGGGUUUGACUUAUGGGUUGCUUAAGCCUUUAUAUAAGGAGCGAAAGAGCCAGGAUACUGAUUGAUCGAUGCUAAUUGUUUUCAUUUCUGAAUAAGAUGUGUGUCACAUAAUUUUACUUGUAUUGUGGUAAUUUCAAGGGAACGGGGUUGCUCGUGAAUCAUUAGGCACAACAAUCCUAUUGUGAAAAGUUUUGGAGGGUUUGUUUUGGACUUAAUUUUAUGAUAAGAAAGGUUUGUUGA